AUGCAGCCCACCGAAGUUGUCCGCUCUUUGAGCGCACAAUGGCCCUGUCGGGAUGUUCAAGCGCGACAACUUGCCAGCUUACUCCAUCCUAAGUUACCUAGUCCACCGACCCUAGUCGUUCAUGGUGUUUCAGCUACUUGCAAAUCGACAAUUGUUCGUGGUGUUCUUUCCACGCUCCAGGCGCCGCAUGCCGUCAUUCGGAGCUCAGAAUGUAUCACAGGACGGCAUCUACUGACUAAGAUUCUGUGGAAUACACUGGAGGCAUUUGAUCAGCAAGCUGAAUGGGAAAGAUUCGGAAAGGGACGCUGUGAACACGUCAGCACUCUCGUCGUGCUUUUAGAAGAAUGCCUGGCGGCGAGACCAGUUGAGAAACAAGGCAAAUUUGUCCUGGUAUUGGAUGAAAUUGAUCGGCAACGAGAGGCAUCCCCGACACUUCUCUCGGCCCUCGCACGGCUUGGAGAAAUUAUCCCUUCACUUUGCGUCGUUCUCAUCCUAAGCUCCACUCCACGACCUCUAUUCCUCCAGAAUGCCGCUGUCCCCCAUAUCAGUUUCCCACCCUACACCCGAAAAGAAUCUAUUGAUAUUUUACUGGCUUCCCCUAUGCCUACAAUCGAAGGCAUGUCCGAAGAAACAACAUCGCGCAUAUACCCACAUUUCGUCGCUACGAUCUACGAUACAUUGAUUGGACCAACUGCCGGCUCGAUCCUAUUGUUCCGAUCCAUCUGCGAUAGGCUAUGGCCUCGAUUCAUUUCUCCCAUUCUACAGGGUGAGACGCCCCCCGGCGGUAAUACGGCAUGGGAUUUCACACGACUCCUCGUCAAAAACCGGCCACUUUUCAGACACCAAGGCGAAUCAGCCCUGGUACAUCGCAUCGUGCCCGACAAAUCCACCACCGAUUCAGGCCCCCGCAAGCCUUUCGCACCCAGAGUCGCUCCCUCGGCGCUGCCAUCAUUACCAUAUUUCUCUACUUUAAUCUUGACAUCUGCAUAUGUUGCAUCUCACACUCCACAACGAUUAGAUACGAUAUUCUUCUCAAAAUUCUCUUCGUCUUCGCUAUCUGCACGAAAUAAGCGUGCCCACCACAGACGCCGACUUAAGGUGCUUUCUCAAGCGGAAGAAAGACAACAAGCUACCAAUGGCGACGCAUCUUCAAAGAAGGGCAAACGAUCAAAGACCCGUAUCACGAAGUCAACUCUUUCAUCUGCCUUUGCUACUUCCUCGGCUACAACUUCUGCUACUGGAGGUGCCGCAGGCAUUACUGGCCCAUCUACUAUUCUGACAGCACGUCCAUUCCCACUAGAACGUCUUCUAGCUAUAUAUCACGCUAUAGAUCCCAACCCACCUGCAAACCCGAUCCGAACCGGUGCUGUCGCUGAUCAGAUCUACGCUGAGCUUGCAACGCUUCGUCGUUUGCGUCUUGUUGUUCCGGCUUCCGGGCACCAUGGUGGACUUGGUAGUGGGAGUACUGGAAAUACUAGUGCGGAUGCAGGAGAAAAAUGGUGUGUGAAUGUUUCAGGCGACUGGAUUGGUGAAUUGGCGAAGGGCAUUGGUGUUGAGGUUGGUGAGUGGUUGGCUGGUGGGCUGGACUGA